CAGAAAUAUGUUUGCCGACGUGCACGUGGACGUUUUCAUCAGUAAUUACACGAUCAUCGAUCCGGAGGUUUAUCAGCUCUGGGUAGAGGGGUAUUCCUCUGGAGAUGCGGUCACACUACUGAAGCAGAAGGGCGGCAUGUUUGCGGACGUUCCGCAGGAGCUAAUUUCAUCCGAUGUGCAGGAUCAUUAUCGGACGUACGCGUUGCUGGAAAAGUUUCUUCACGCCCCACCGAAGCUGGCCGAGCAACCGACGUUUCAGAUAAGCCCACAGGACCGGUCGCUACUGAUCGAUCGGUACUACUCGCUGGAUGACACGGUGGCGCGGGAACUGUUUGGCAAAAAAUUCAACUCCCGCAAUCGGAAGGAUCUGGACGAGGUGGCCGAGAAGACGGGCGUGCGGCUGAAGUCGUGUCGGCGCCAGUUCGACAACGUGAAGCGCAUCUUCAAGGCCGUCGAAGAAACGCAGGGCAACAUUGCGAUCAACAUUCGGCAGCAGUUCAUACUGCCGGAGGAGCUGGCACAAAAGUACGCCGCCGUGGUGUUCAUUGCAUGCCUGCGCUUUGAAACGGCCAAACGGAAGCUGCAAUAUCUUAACUUUAAAGACUUUUACGAGUGUUCGCAGGCCCUGAUGACUUACUGGACAUACACUUAUCAACACUCCGGUGCCGACUAUUUGGACACCGAGAUGGACAAAGAGUUUCUACUUGACUUGCGUGAGAUACGCUACCUUUUGGAUAAGGAGAAGGAAAUCAAACAUCUGGUAUCGAUACGUUUAAAGCCAACACUGCUGGAAAGGGCGUAUCAGGAGGUGGAUAAUAAUUUCCGCACAUACUAUCGGGCGAUCAUAAUGCUGGCGUGCAAUCUACAUCGCACCCGGGAGAUGAGACUGCUUUUUGUCGAGCUAACGGAGCGCCUGAUAGAACCGUGGAAGCAAAAUUGCUGGACGCGGGAUCAGGUGCAGCUGUUCAUGCAGUGCGUGACGCAGUGUGUGCUGGAUCUGGAGGUUCCACGAGACAAUCAGGACAUCCGGUGCUUGUGGGACCGCUACAUGCAAGUGAUAAACGUUUGCUUGCUCCGAAUGUACCAUCCGUGAAUUUGUGCAAUGAAAACUUAGAUUGUCGCCAAACUUAAUUUUACAGAUUUGCAUUAGAGAAGCUUAAAAUGUAAUGAUUACCAGGAUGCAGUUUUUUGCAAUGAAACUUGUCUAGUGUUAUUAAUGUUUUACAUAGUUGGAGUCAUUUCUUUUUUUUUCUUUAGCUGUGUAGGAGAACUGUAUGUUUCAGAUUAAAACUUAAAA